CACCGUCAAACAGCAAUCGCAGUUUGCCUGUUUCGCUCUACACCGUCUUCGCGUACGUAGCUGCGAGAGUCAGCAGCACCGAAAGGACACCGCUCUCGUUGUUUCGAAGUACGAAACCAGCGUAGCGCGACUUUUGCCAGCAGAGCGAAAGGAGCGCGCACGAGAGAAACACACGCGGUGACCGCGAGCGAGCGAGCACAAAACUUGUGCGUUGAAAAGUGCAAAACGCAUCUUUUUUUCAUUUGCCGUAAUUUUCGACCGCUUAUUUAAAUUUCCAGUUUAGUUGUGCCCGAGAAACGUGACGUGAAGGAUGUUUGGUCAGUAGCGCGAGCAGUGAUUUAGCCGGCUCGUGAAAAGAAACAGCUGAAGAACAGCGCAUAUCAAAGGAAACGGCGAGUGUCGGACAAAAGGAACGGAAACAAUUAGCCGAUUGUAUAUAAAUGCGAUUUUUUUUUGAGGAUCGCUCGGAUCCCUUUGUUCUAUCACGCGAGUGUGAUCGGUGCGGUACUUCGCUGUGGAUAAAGAAGUUUUUAGAACAGCGAGGUGGCGAUUAGUGUGCUUCGAAGAAAGAUUUUCCAAAGACCACGUUGAGUGUGAUUUAGAAGCAACCUGUCAAUAGGAAAGUGCGCGAUAUCAGUGAUACCCUGCCCCCGUUGAGGAGUAAGCGGUUAUUUUUAUUUAACAUUUCUGACCAACCACUAGUGACCAUUAUUCAAGAGGAAGUUUAUAGAAAAAAGAAAUAAGGGAAAAAUCUUGAUAGUCUCCAAAGGAUUAAUCCGUACAGCCACUGCAGCUUUGUAGUGAAGUGUGAGUUCGGGCUGCGAAGAACACAGAGUUUCUUGGUUGUCCCAAAUCGACGACAUACACAGCAGUCGUGGUCGUCUUGCUGCCCUUCUGUAUUUCGAAACGGUGUUUCGGCUGGCUCUCGCCGCGAGGACGUGAGGAUUCAGCGAAAAUUUUCGCCGCAAUAUUACCGCUGCGUCCGCCAACAACAAGAGUCAGGAGGCCACAGGCGAGCAUUAACCCAAAGCAGUGAAGAAAGAGAAGAAAAUUAGUGAAGAGUACCCCUCCCCUACUGUUACCACGCGUCAGUAGAAGUAAAAAAAACUUUGGAGCUGCGAAAAAGAACACAGGAUUUUUUUUUCGGUGUGAACCGGCCGUUUCCGCGAAAGACGCGCGAACCCUCGAGAAAAUAUAACGACGACGACGAGUAGAAAAAAAAAAUAUAACGCAGCACCAGUGUGUUUUUGUGCCGGUGUGUGCUUAAGUAAAUUGGUGCUCAGUGUCAUCGCGUCGUCCUGGUGCAGUAAGGCCCAGGUCCUCCAGCGUCGUGCUGUCGUUAGAUUUGAGCGCGCGUGUUAAGGCUGAUUUCUGCACGGGGACAUUCGCAUCCCUGUCGCAGAGCUCCAGCCCGGUUACACCAGCCCCCAUCGUGGACCAGCAGCAUCGGCCGCAAAGGCAACGUCCCCACCACCCCUCGGCAGCGCUAGCGCCACCACCAACGCCGCCGCCACCACCACCGGUGUCAUCCGUAUCCUCAUCUUCAUCUCGAGCACUAUCAGCGGCACCAGCCUCCACCCUGCAACUCCAACAGCAACAACAGCAGUCUCCAGCAGCUCGUGCCGGUUGGGAUUGUAAUUUAUAUUCACGCACGACGACGCACUUCAAGAUGAUGAUGGCAACGAAGGGCAAACGCCCACUGCGGCAUCUCACGGCUACGGACAAAAUAGAUGCCAUCCAGCGGAUUCACGAUGGUGAAUCGAAGGCUUCCGUGGCCAGAGACAUCGGCGUCCCGGAGUCAACCCUGCGAGGAUGGUGCAAGAACGAGGAAAAACUUCGUUACAUGUCUCGCCAGUCAGCAGAAAACGCGGAAAAGUUGACCAACGAAGCUACAGCUGCCGCUUUAACUGCGGUAGCUGCUGCAGAGUUAUUCAACGGACCCCCGGAGAAACGUUUGAAGCUUGAGCAGGGUUUGUUCGGGAACGGUAAAAUGAAAUACGAUGAUAGCUUCUACAAGGGUCCGAGAGGGCCAAUGAAUGGGUUGGACCUCAGCGGCGCUGAUAAGGGUUUGGGGGUUUCAGGAGGGGACAUCAUCAUGAACGGAUUGCAUGGUGCGGACUUUAGUUCGUUUGCCAAGACAGCUGCAGAAAUCUCCGCUCUAAGCAAAUCCAAAGAGCUCAAUCUGAAAGGUUACGGAGCAGACCUUAACAAACAUGGCGAUCCGACCAAGGCGGAUCUUUCGAUGGCCGCCAUUAGUCCACUGACCAGUCUGAGCCAUCUGUCCGGAAUGUCCAGUCUGGCUCAGAGUCCGCUAGCGUUGAGCUUCAACGAAAUUGCAAACAACCUGAACUUGAUUGCGCAGCUUAACAACAAUCACAACUUGGCAACCAUGUCCAAUCUUGGUGGGCUAACCGCAGCUCAAUCACUGCGAAAUGCACGUCCGAAAGGCAAUACUAGUCAGAGCCCUCGCACAUCCAGUCUGUCGGAGUCCAACGGGGGAGACAAAACUCCAUCGCUGACGGUACGCAACUUGGCCAAAUUGCAGCAAAAAACAUCUUCCAGCGAUCUGGGUAACGGUCGUGAUCCAAAUGCACCGGUUGACGAAGCGCUCUGGUAUUGGCUUAAAUCGCAGCAGGCAAUGCUCGGACUGAAUAAUCUGUAUUCGUCAAUGCCUCGCCCCGCAAGUCCCCAGCAGAGUUCCUCGCCACCACAGCAGCAUCAACAAGUCCAACAUCACCCGUCAACGCAAACCCCCACACCACCCAUCGUAUCGACUCCACAGCCAACACCUCCAUCAUCGGCACCUUCCCUAACACCGGAAGACACCAAAAAUUCUUCCUGGUUCUGGCAGUGGUACAAAACUUUCGGAGCUUCACUGAUGCCCGGCGAUAAGUCCAACAACAACACCAUCAACGCCAACGCAAACUCGAAACCGACUUCAACCUCAUACGAGAACAUACUUUAUUCCCAGCUAACUAAGGGACAGAACUCCACCGAUUCACUCAACAACAACGCUCAACCCAUCAAUCUCAACAUCAACAGCUCAAACGAACCGGAAAACCUGAAGGCGGAACCUGAGGAUCUUUCCAAUCACAACAACUCCACAGCCAACCAACUGGUCGCAUCCACAGACGAUCAUCAUCGUUUCAAUCCCAGCCCUUCGACCAGUCCAAAGUCCGAUCGCAAAGCGGAAGAGGAAGACGAACAGCCGGAUACUCAGGGUGAAGAGGAACUAACCACGGAGGCCAAGUGCAACGGAAAAGCCAAGCAACUUUUAGAUAACUUCAUGUUUCACAACCAAACCAGCAACGACAGGGCCAGUCCGGCUUCGGCUCGCCGAUCCGUAAGUCCAGUAGUUAGUAGCAACCUAAACGGCAACAGUGACCCUGAGGAAAACAGAGAUACCACCCAUUCGAAUGGGCUCCCCCCGGGUUCAGAGACUCCCGCCGCUAUUACCGAUGAGAUGAAAAGCGACAUCUCGGACGACUCCGACCAACCCCUGGAUGCUAUCGUUGAUAUCAAAAGUUCUGCCGAAGCCGUAGAACAUGGUGAAAAGUUCCUGAAAUGGCUAGAGUCCUGCAGUGAUCCAAACGUUACUGCCAUGCAGGUCGUGCAGUUCAAGUAUUUGCUUAACAGCAUCAAACUAAGCGCGGAGCGGCAACAUCAACAGGCCACAUCUAGCGGGGGUGGUACCGGAGAGGAGCGCACUAGGGUGCGACGGCGGAAGUAAACACACCGUGACUCCCGUGAACUGUACAUAUUGCUCGUCUCUCCCGAAGUCCAGUCAAAAUCAAAACUAAACUGAAACAAACCCGAUAUCAUUAGCAACUGCUGAGAGAAAGCGAGAAAGGUAGCGUUAGUAAAAGCAAGCUCUAAUGUAAUAAGUAGUUGAAUUUUUUCCCAUUUUUACGGAUUUUUGUUCUAUUAUUCUCUAUUGAUCUUUUUGGAGAAACAAAAACCUAUUAGACAGCGUUUUCCAGCUGUCGCGUAGUAAAGAGAGAACAGCUCCUAUUCGAGUUGCUUCGAAAUUUGUCAUUUUCUUCUUCUGGCUGUAAAUAUAAUACUCAUUGUUUAGAAGGAUACAAAGCGAAACGUGAAUUUCGUUUGACUACGAAGUAACAAAAAAACAUGCCAAAUGUACAAGUUAUCGAGAUAUUAUUAUUAUACCGUAACAAGCUAAUAGAAAACGUUAAGUGUAAGUACAUCUACCCCGCGGGUAGAACCAAUUAUCCAAAAAAAAAGAAAAUCGAAUUACUAAACAUUAUAAACUAUGAAUAACAUGUGCUCAGACCUUGUUCACGUUUCUUUCCGUUCUGUCGUUCCCUCAUGUGAUGGAUCGUCUUUUCGGAACGGCAGUCCACCAAAGAUUGAACGCGCUUUCGCAAUAUGUUUUCACUCAGAUUAAAAAUAAAAUCAAUACAGGAGAAGAAACAGUUUUCAACACCAUAACUUUAAUGAUAUGAAAGCAGCAAGCAAAACGCAUUUAAAACAAAGCUCAAAGUAAAAAAAAUGUAUCCUUUUUUUGUGAAGACGUGGGCGACAAAAGCCAAUGUUUAACGGCAAGAUUUAAAUACGCCAAAAAAAACACAAACUCAGUGUGAUUUAACGUGAAUUCCCCCUGGAAAACAAAACACAAAAUUUUGAGAAAACACAAAAAAGCAACCGAGAUUGUAUACAGUUGGAGUAACAAAAUUAGCACGUAUGAGCGCGCGUUAAGUAAUGUAUUAUUAAAUGAAUUUAAGGAAGAUAUUAAAGAAUAAACUGUUAAUUAUAAAGAAGAACAAAAUACUAAAUAUGGCGACACUGACACCUAUGCAAAAAAAAACUAUUAAACCAGAGAUGACAACUUAGCGAUAAAAUGGAAGAAAUAAAUUAUCAAAUGAUUUCUCAAUAUCAAA